GUGAGGUAGGUAGAAAUCAACAUCACUCAGAGCAAGUCCUUAAAAACAUGUAAAAAUAUAGUUAUAUGAAUAUUUAGAGGCAUGUGAAGAGACUAUGCGAGCAAAUUAGGUAACCCCUCGAAAAGCCAGAUAAUCACCGAAGGAUAAAAGUUGAAGUUACCAAUAUCUAUCAGUAAAUGUUUUCUUUGUAAAGCUAACAGGCUACAUUGCUAGCUUUUAGCUACCUUUGCUAACAAGUUUUUAAUCGUGCAUUAAUGGUGAGCUGAAGUUAGCCUCUUAGCAUCCUAAUUUAAACAAAGAAGAGAAAAAAAUCCCGUUGUUAUUAUGAUACACAAAUGUGUGAUUACUGGCUGCCCUAACAGUUCGGACACGAUAAUUCAUUAUAUUUUACCCGAAGAGCCGAAUAGACGAAGAUUAUGGCUACAGUUUAUUGAGCGAAGUAAACAUGGCGGAGAAAGCGUUCCUAUUUCAUGCAGAGUGUGUGGCGACCAUUUCUCCGAAGAGAGCUUCACACAAGUGGAUCUGGGUUUUACCACGCAGCUUAUAUUAAACGUUGAUGCAGUUCCUUCGAUUUAUCCGGGGGAUCGUAUAUCAAAAGAUGGAAAUGAAGCACUGGUGGCAGAGGAAGAUAAUAAUGUGGAGGAGACUUGCAAUAUUACAAUAAGUGGCACAGUCUCUUUAGCGUGUGUCAAGGAAGAGCCUACAGAAUGUGAGGUGACCCCCAUCAGGAAGCUCUUAGAAGAGAGCAAAUCCGUAUCAUAUCAUUUCCUGCAUGUCAAGCAAGAAAAAAAUGAGUGCACCCUCUCUCCAGAAACCUGCAUACAGGGAAGUGAUCAGCCUCAGAUCAUUCAAAGUGAAGGUAUCAAAAGUGAGAUUGGCUGUAGUGACUUGGACAUAGAAUCUAAAGAUGACAAAGAAAAACCCUUCAGCUGCUCGCACUGUGGUGAAAAGUUCCGUAAUAAAGGUGUUCUCAUGCAGCAUGAAAGCAAUCACAUCAAGGAAGGAAAGAUCCGUACUUACCACUGUUCCCAAUGUGGGAAGAGCUUUGCACUCCGAGCUUUUCUGAAAGCUCACCAGAAGCUCCAUGAGAAUGUGGAGUCCACUUUAAUGCACAGCUGCACACUCUGUCCUCGUAGAUUCCGCUAUAAGGGCUCACUAGCGGCCCAUAUGAGACAUCACACGUCCCAGGUGACAUAUAACUGCCCAGUCUGUGAGGAAGCCUAUCAGCUCAAGGCAGCACUUUGUCAACACAUUAGAACGUCCCACUCCGGAAGCAGACUGCAGUGCCGCAUCUGUGAUAAAGGUUUCUUAAGACUUGAAGCCUUUUUAAAACACACAGACAGGCAUGUGGUAGUAACCCCAUACUACUGCAGCACUUGCAAAGUGUAUCAGCUCACAGAGCGUGGGUAUCUGUGCCACAAGCGAAUACACGAGCAGAAGCAGCUCCUGAUGCUGAGCGCUCAGAAGGGCCCUGCCUUUGCAGUGGACAGCCAAGCUAAUGCAGAGGAAAAAGCUCCAGCAGAAGUGCUGGAACCCAGCACCUGAGUCUGGGGAGGCACCAGUGGACAUGGAAGACAAUGGAGGCACAAGCUAACAGGAAGGGGAACCACAGCUGUCACUCAGUGCAGAGUUAUUACUUGAGUUUGAGGAAUCUGGGAAAGAAGCUCAUUGUUCCAGAUGUAGAUUUCUCAGUGGCCUCAUAUGAGAUGUGUCUUUCUGAUACCAGUGAAGACUGUGUUAUUGGGGACUGAGAAAGGCCAUUUAGCCUAUCUGAGACAAGACUCAAGCGCUUAAUGGCCGAUUUAGAAUUAGUGACUUACCUAUGGAUUAACUAAUACACAUAAUUGAGGAAAUGUAUUCAAGUUGUCUUUAAUUUGUGAUUUUCUAGUUUACUGUAUUUGAAAAGUAAUAUGUGCAACAAUCAUAUGGUAUAUAAUAGUAUGAGUUGCAUAUAUUUCUAGAUUAGUAGUUAAAUGGUGAUUUUUAAAAACUUACUAGCUCUAACCUUGUUAUUGUCAUUGCUUUGAAGAUUCUUGUACAAAAUGGUUUUAUUUUGGAGUAGUAACCCCUUUUAAAGUGUAAUUGCUUGCACAACUACUAAAAGUACAAACUGGAAGCUUUACUAUAAUAAGUCCACCUGGUAAGAUGCAUUAAAAAGGCUUAAAUUAAGUAGAUAUUGUUCUUUACCACAGAAUGCCAUGAUUUAUAUUGGCAUUAUUACUGUAACCUCUAGAAACAAUAACUGAUGUAAGAGUAGCAUUUUAUACUUUCAGCCUGCAAAUUUUGUUCUUAGACGUAAUAUACAUUGGUCUUUAGUACUUCUAAGUACUGUAAGUUUUUUUGUAUAAUGUGAGAAUACAGUUUAAUGCUAAAAUAUCAAUCACAAUAUUCCUCAUAAAAAUGUAAAACUUUACUACACUUAAAAAGAGAUCAGUAUAGCAGCUUGCCAGACACAGAAAGCAGCAGUAACAUUUUCCAGCACUGUUCCAAUUUAAAGAGACAAAAGAUUAUUGAGAAAUCAAAAACAUUUUCAUCUUAAACUUGAGUAAAAUAACAAAACAGACCUCUCAGAAUUGAGGGGGGGGGGGGGCACCUUCAAACAUGCUUACAUAUGUUGAGUGGACACACUAUCUUACCAUGUGCUAAAAUAAUUUAAAGCAACUAUCCCAUGCAUUUAUAAAAAUAAACUGAAUGCCAGGAGUCGUCCUUCAAACCCACAUAACAUUUCCUCUGAGGAGCUGACUUCAUAGCUCUAAUUUCACAAACUGGGGGGGGGGGGUGUUAAAAAAAGAAUAUUGUGUGCUUUUCUUACUUUUUUUAAAAAAAUUUUUUAUGCUGCAUUGCUUUUUAUAAACCUGAGUUCUCUGGGUAUUUA